AUGAAAUUUAACGAAAUUGUUGGGGAGAGUGGACACCUAGACCUGGGGAUUCAGAAGCAUGCCAAGGUUGGAGAGGUCCUGGCAACAGUUCGAAGAAGGCGACAUCACCAACAUACACUCAAUGAUAUCGAGCUGGAGAUACACAAACUGAGACAGAGUGGGACUGACGAUGAGGAUGUAGCAAAGUGGAAAGCAAGAGAUGGAAAUUACAAAGCAAAGUUUGUCACUAGGGAUACUUGGUAUCAAAUCCGAACUGCAAAGCCCAGCGUAAAUUGGUACAAAGGAGUUUGGUUCUCACAAUCCACUCCUAAGUACACAUUCAUGUCUUGGCUUGCUUUUCAAAAUCGGUUAGCCACUGGAGAAAGGAUCGCCACAUGGAACAUAAAUGCCAAUACAGGGUGUGUGCUCUGUAACGAACCAAUAGAGACAAGGAACCACCUUUUCUUCUCUUGCUCUUACUCGAUGAAGGUCUGGGAACAGCUGGCGAAAGGUUUGCUGAAGCAUCGAUUUGUAUCUGAUUGGGAGAGGAUUACGGUGCUACUGUUCAAUCCUCCAUUUGACAAGACAACAACCUAUCUGUUUUGA